UGAGAUCAUAAAAUAAUCUUUUGUUCAAUUAACAACUUCUUCGUUGAGAAAAGAUCACUGCAAGAAGUUUUUUUUUUCUAAUAAGAAAUUCUUGAAAGGAUUAAGCAAAAAAAAAUUGGAUUAAACGACAGUUGGUGUUUUAUUUUUAAUUGAAUAGUGUGUGAAAUAGUUAAAUUCAAUUCAGACAAAAUGAAAUUUGAACUUUCUUUAUUACUGCUUGCGUGCGCUGCUUCAGUGGUUGUGGCCAGACCACAAGAUCCCAUUGCUAUUGUUAGCCAAGAAUCAAAUAUUGAGCCAGAUGGUUCUUACAAUUAUGCUUACGAAACCGCCAAUGGCAUUAAGGGCGAAGAGACUGGUACCUUGAAAAAGGCCACCUCUCCCGAUACUAGUGAUGUGAUUAUAGCCCGAGGUUCUGUCUCCUAUACUUCGCCCGAAGGCAAUUUAAUCACCUUAAACUAUGCAGCUGAUGAUGAAAAUGGUUUCCAACCACAAGGUGAUCAUUUGCCCACACCUCCACCAAUCCCACCAGCAAUCCAAAAAGCUUUGGACUACUUGUUAAGCUUGCCUCCUUCCAAACGUCGUUAAGUCAUUGUGUCAAUUAAACCAACGAUUAUGAAACCAAAAUGAAAUGAUAUAAGAAAAAACUGAACUAGAAAAAAAACCGAUUCCCAAAUUACUACAUUUUUUUUCAAAAAAAGGAGCCUUAAAUAAAUGAAUAGAGAAGAAAAGAAAUGGAAAAAACAAUAAAUUUUCUUUUUUCUAUUAAAAAAAAGCAAAGAAGAUUUGUUUUGCAGAAAUAAAAGCAAGAGAAAUGAAUUAAAAACAAAACGCAACAAAUAUAAAUUGUAUAUAAACUAAGCAUAUUUUACUCACAACUUCUGCUCUCCUAAGCUUCUUUCUGAAAUUUCUAAUCUUUAAAAAGUAAUUGCUUUAAAUAAAAAGUGAGUUAAUAAAUAGCAACAACAACACAACACUGACUGAAUGAGCCAUAUAAAAAACCAAAUUGUUAAGAGUUUUUCUUUCCUCCUCCACAACAAACUCUUUACAACUCACUUCUAUUUAAACACUGCUCUCUAAUUCAUAAUUCUUUAAACACUCUCUCUUGUAACACUUGUCUCACACAAUUCUUAUCAUCAUUACACACCAACCAUCUUCACUACAACAAGGCUCAUAUUAAUUUCUGUUUCAUCUCCUCUUCACUUUUUCUCUUUGGCAAAUCAAAGUUCUCUCUCAUUUUCUUUUACUCUAGCUUUUUCUAUUUCAUAUCUUUCUUUUAUAAUUUUGUUAGUCGCCGAAACUUUGCCAUUUCGGUUUCAUGUGAUAUCACUGCUUUUGUCGAUACAAAUCUUAAAAAAAAGAGAGCUGCAGAGUAUCUCUUGUUAAACAUUUGUAUCUUUCAAGAAUUUCAAAUAAAAUUAAAUUGAACAAUAUCAAACUUCAACAUUGAUGAUGUAUGUAAAUAUGAACAUAUUAAAUAUUUCUUUAAAUUAAAAAAAAACAUAUUAAUUAUAAAACAAAACAAAACAGAAAAACAAAAAAAUACAAAACAUUAUACAUAUAAUUAAUAAAUGUGUUUGUUAAAUGUUUGUCAUUUUUAUUAUGAGUAAAAAAACAUGAUGUAUGUGUAAAUAAAAUAUAAGAAUGCAAAUAAAGAAUAAAAGUUUCUUUACAAAAAACUAA